CAAAAUGGCCGCGCCCUUAGUUCAAAACAUAAAGUAAUAUUUUGUUUUAAUUUUCGACUUUUAAGAUUAAAAUUGAAACAUUGAAAUGACAAUGACAUAGGAGAUAUAAUCACAACAAUGGAUGGGGGGUUUCCAGGCAGGAAACGGAGGUUCUUCCACAAUCUUCUUCGGAGUCGACUUGGUCAACUGAUCCUUUGUUUGCUGGUGAUCCUGAUUGUGUCCCCGCUUGUGUUUCACUACUACAUAUCCAAUAUUGGUUCGGAAACAUCCAAUGGGUACAGAUCUAGAUCUACCAAAGACCAUGAUGAAGGUUUCGAUUUGGAUAAAGUUCAAUGUAACGACUUGAAGAACCAGAUCACAGAGUUACGAAGAAUCAAAGCAUCGGUUAAUAAUGAACUUCGUGACCUUGAAAGCAGGCGUCUCGCCCAGCAAACGGAAAUCUCCAAACAGAAGACAACCCUCGAGGCUUUAAGAAUCCAGCAGGAGAAUAUAGAAAAGGAAAUUAAACAGUCAAAGAUGAACCUAGAGCAGUUAAAGGUCGAAGAAGAUGAGUUUUCAAAUGGAGCUCAACCCCUUAUUAAAGCUCCAAUAUUAGAGCUUUUACCAAAUUUAAAAGUUCGUUCACAGAAGAAUGUUUUUACUAGUUUGUCUGAAGAUUGCACAAUGAAUACUUGUUUUGAUUAUUCAAGGUGUUCAUUGCUGUCCGGUUUCCCCGUGUAUGUUUAUGAGAUUGAAAAUAAUUUCAAGAACAAUAACUUGGAAGAGUUCAUUAAAACAUCUGUUUUCCAUGCUUUCGAUGGAAGCUCAAGUAUAUAUCUGACUACAAGUCCUGACAGGGCAUGCGUUUUUGUUGCUAUUUUAGGAGAAACGUUUUCCAAAGAAAACUCAGAAACUGUUCAAAGUCGAAUAAAUGCCUUACAGCAUUGGAACGGAGAUGGAACCAACCAUGUUUUAGUUAAUCUAGCUAAGUCUACAUUCAGUUUUGAUAUAUUUUAUGGUGUUAACACUGGCAGGGCCAUUAUAGUGCAAUCGUCUUUUGUUGAAACAUUUUUCAGAGGCAAAUUUGAUAUUGUUGUUUCCCCUGUUUUAGGAAGCUCUGACGGUGAGUUGUGGAGUGAGUUACCUCCCUUGAACCCAAUACGAAGAAGCUUUCUCUUGUCAUUUGAAGGGCAGUUUAGUGAUAUUAGCAACUUGAAUAGUGAUGAAGUCAAACACACAAACGAAGGUGAUCAAAAUUUCCGAUCACGAAAUUUAAAUGCAGCGUUGGGAUCAUUAGAUAAGGGAGAUAACUCAAAAGACAUUGUUAAAAAAUUGUUUAGUUUAGAAGCUUCAAUAGUUCAGCAUCUGAAAAAUGUAGAGGAGGAAGCGAAGGAAAAGGUAUUGUUAAAUUUCAUGUGUAAUAGUGACCAGGAAAAAGUGGGAAUUAAUGGGGAAUGGUCAAUAUGCGGAGACCAAUCGCAUCGAACAGAAAUGCUCAAACAAGCCACAUUCAGUAUCCUUAUAGCACCAGCAAAUUACAGUGUGGUGACUACUACUGUUUUUCAAACAAGACUUUUUGAGUCACUAAAAUCAGGGGCGGUUCCUGUGAUAUUAGGCGAAUACGUUGAGCUUCCGUUUAGUGAACUCAUCGACUGGUCAAGGACUGUGAUAAUGUUACCGAAGCAGCGAGUCACUGAGCUGUAUUUUGUUCUGAGAACAUUCUCUAACGUUGAUAUCAUGGAGUUUAAGAGGAAUGGAAGGAUGUUUUGGGAGACAUUCUUGGGGACAACAAAAUCUGUGGUAUCAAUGACCUUGGCGGUGUUGAGAACAAGGUUAAACAUUCCCGCUAAAGCAGUCAGGGAAGAGCCGUCGGAAAAUUCUGUGUCAAACUUCAUACCAGUAGCUCAACAUAUAGCCCCUGAACCAGAAGAAGAUACAGACGAGGUGCUGGGACCGAUUGAACCGCCUUUCCCAUCCACCAUGUUCAAGCAAAACUACACAGUGUGGACCAUGAAAGACGUAUUCAAUCAACCGGGCGAUCCAUUCCAUCUACUCCCGUUUUCCCCCUUCGAGAAAAUUCUGCCGUCAGAUUCUAAAUUUUAUGGCGCCGGGGUUGGUUUUCGGCCAAUCAACAAAGGAGAGGGUGGUUCUGGGAAGGAAUUCUCGGAGGCUCUAGGCGGGAACCACCCAAGAGAGCAGUUUACAAUGGUAAUGUUGACAUACGAACGAUCUGAUGUCCUGAUCAAGGCAAUUACCCGCUUGAAAGGCCUCCCAUACCUGAACAAGGUGAUUGUUGUCUGGAACAACCCCUCCAUGCCCUCGGAGAACCUCGGCUGGCCAGAGAUAGGAGUCCCUGUUGUGGUCAUAAAGAUGGCGAAGAACAGCCUGAACAAUCGUUUUCUGCCCUUUGAAGCUAUUGAGACAGAGGCUGUACUGAGUAUAGAUGAUGACUCCCAUCUUAGACAUGAUGAGAUUGUAUUUGGAUUCAGGGUAUGGCGUGAGGAGCGAGAUCGUAUCGUUGGAUUCCCUGGACGUUACCAUGCCUGGGACCCUAGACACGGGGGCUGGCACUACAACUCCAAUUACACGUGUGAGAUGUCCAUGGUUAUUACCGGUGCAGCAUUCUUCCACAAGUACUACUCAUACCUGUACAGCUAUACGAUGGCAGCUACAAUUCGGGAGAAGGUUGACGAAUACAUGAACUGUGAAGAUAUCGCUAUGAAUUUCCUGGUAUCUCACAUUACCAGGAAACCUCCUGUGAAGGUCACAUCACGUUGGACAUUUCGAUGUCCCGGUUGUCCGCAGCAGCUAGCGUUAGAUGAGUCCCACUUCACAGAGCGACACAAAUGCAUGAAUUUUUUUGUUGAGAUUUACGGGUAUAUGCCUCUAAUGUACACCCAGUAUCGUGUUGACUCUAUUUUGUUUAAAACUAGGAUAUCCCAUGAUAAACAAAAAUGCUUUAAAUACAUUUAGCUUUCUUUUAAUUGUUAAAUUUACCAAAAUGGGGCGAGUGUUCAGAAUUUCUUUUUAAAAGUAAAUGUCUCAUAAUAAACCAAAAUGCUUUAAAUACAUUAAGUAUUCAUUUUAAUUGUUAAUUUUUACCACAAUGGGCGGAUUGUUCAGAAAUUUGUUAAAGUAAACAAUGUUGUUAACUGUGUCAUUGUUAAUUUUAAAAGACGAAAAAAAUUGUAACAUGGUCAUAUAUUUAGAUAACACAUGUACAAAUGAAACAGGUGUCUAGAACGAUGUCAGAAAUACUGCAAAUCACAAAUUUGUCAAUUUUAGUUUUUGAGCAAUAAUGUUUUGAAAGUUACCAAUUAUGAACUUCACAACAUUGUUAAUUUUAACAAAGUUUUGAAGAAUCAGCCCAAUUCUCAUACACUGAAUUUGCUUAAUUUUCUUUUCUUUUUUACCAUAUACUCCACUGAGUGUUAACUAGGCUGUCUCCCAGCUAUAAGGUAAUUGGCCCUGGGUCCUUCCAAAGGGAAUUUUACAAGAAAAGGGAUUUUCGUAUAAACAUUAAUAAUUCUUGUACUUAAAUAAAAUUAAGCGUAAGUUAAUUGUUGUGUCUUAUAAACAUGAACAUACAUAUUAUUAGUAAAAACUUGAUUCUACCAACAGCAUAUUGCCAGCAAAAAAAUGUGUAUUGCUUUGCUAUUUUUUGUCAGAUUUUUGUUUUGAAAAAAACCCAGUUUAUAAACAGAACAGUCUACAGGGGAAUGUUGGCACCAAAUUGGGGGGAAAUAUUUACUUUUUAAGUUGGAAAUGGAACCAAAGUUUGACUCAAAAAUUAUAGACAGCCCAGGGGCGGUAUUCAUAAAACAUCUUAAGUCAUUUCCUUACUUCAGUCACAUUCCUGACUUAAGUUUCUCUUUAGUCAUAUUAAAUAAAAAAUAAAGAAUUUACAAAAUACAUUAUUUUCAUUAACUUAUUGAAAAACAUACUCCAAUGUUAAAAACACUUAUACAUUUCUUUUAAUUUGACUAGGAAAAUUUUAAGAUAUUGUCUUAAGUUAGGAAAUGACUAAAGAUGCUUUUUUGAAUACUGCCCCUGCUUACUUCCCCUGCCUGAUAUCACCACCUUGAAUGAGUGAAUCUAUAAAUACAACUCAAAGAGGUAAAUCAUGCUAAUAUGUUUUAUCCGCUUCUCAAUUUAAUGUCACCAAAAACCUUAUCCAUCUUUCAUUCCAAAUCCAUGUAGUAUUAAAAUUAAAUUAAGUAUUGAAAUGCUAUUAUUUGGGUGAUUGUGUGUGACUAUGUCCGUGGAAAUGAGACCUCACUCUCUCAGUGCAGAAAAAAGUGACGUUUUCUCUAUUGCGAGGUUUCAAUAAUUGUAAGCAGGCAAUCAAAGCUAUUUGAUAUAUUUUGGAAAAGUUUCUUAAAUUGAUAUAAGUAAGUUUUGUAAUCUUAUCUCUCCAUCUCGGUUAAAUUAUGUUUUCUUUGUUAAAGCUGCUCUCUCACAGAAGAACAUUUUGAGCUAUUGUCUUGGAACAAGCCAAUUUUUGAAAAAAAUGCAUGGUAACCAGUGAUAUAAGACCACUGACUAAAAAUCGGAUUGCAGAUUUUCAUAUUUAUGUUCAAAACUUGAUGUUUUAUGCAUAUUUCGCAAAGUUUUAGUAACACUUUUACCCAUAAGAACAUUAAUUUUUAUACGGAAAUAUGAAAAACUGUGAUCUUGUAUCUUAUAUCACUGGGUUUAAGAAAUUUAUGCAAAAAUUGGUUCAUUCCAAGACAAACAAACAAAAAAGUUGUCAAAUUUGGCAGUCCGUGUGAGUGUAGUUACAUUAACAUGAAUACUUCUGCUGGACUUCUUUUCGCAGAUGACAUCAUAACAAAUGUUUAAAUAAUGGUUCCUGAUAUGUUGUCAUUGCAUAUAUAUUUUUUAUAUUUAUAAACAUUUUAUAUUAUAUCAAUUUUUUUUAUUAAAAAUAAUGCUUAAAGACGGAGAAAGAAAAUUUCGUAAGAAAGACGAUGAAAAAUUUGUGAUUUCAGAUCUCUGCAUAAUAAAUUGCUUGAACGACUGAUUUGCAAAAAGUUGUUUAGGGGGCGGGGGGAGGUUGUGGGAUAAAUAUGGUGGAUUUUGUCUGUCUCCACAAUAUUUGCUAUCACAUAAUGAGAUAUUCUGGUUUUUAGAUGUUUAUUUCGUCAUUUAAAGCAAUAUGGUGGUUGUAAGAUUUUAAAAUUAAACUGAAUGAAACAUUAAGUUCAUGGUAAACUAUGUAACUAAUUAUCCAGGACAGCAGCUGUUCACAAGUACAUGUGUGUGUUUGUGUGUUUUUUAUGCCCCCACAAAGUGGCGGCAUAUAGGGUUGCCCUUGUCCGUACGUACGUACGUACGUACGUACGUACGUACGUCCCGAAGAUUGUUUCCGAUCUAAUUCUUGAAAACCGUUUGUCCAAUCCUCACCAAACUUUAAACACAUGUUUGUGACCAUAAUAUCUUGAUCAAGUUCGAUAGUCAUGGAAAUCGCUUUAGUCAUUUAGGAGUUACGGCCCUUUUUUGCCAAAAAUUCCCGAAGAUUGUUUCCGAUCUAAUUCUUGAAAACCGUUUGUCCAAUCCUCACCAAACUUUAAACACAUGUUUGUGACCAUAAUAUCUUGAUCAAGUUCGAUAGUCAUGGAAAUCGCUUUAGUCAUUUAGGAGUUACGGCCCUUUUUUGCCAAAAAUACUUCAAAAAUAUAUGUUUCCAAUCUAAUUCUUGAAAAGUAUGUGUCCAAUCCUCACCAAACUUUACAUACAUGAUUGUGACCAUAAUAUCUUGAUCAAGUUCGAUAGCCAUGGAAAUCGCUUUUGUCAUUUAGGAGUUACGGCCCUUUAUUUGCAAAAAAAGACUUGAAAAAUACGUCCCGAAGAUUGUUUCCGAUCUAAUUCUUGAAAACUGUUUGUCCAAUCCUCACCAAACUUUUAACACAUGUUUGUGACCAUAAUAUCUUGAUCAAGUUCGAUAGCCAUGGAAAUCGCUUUAAUCAUUUAGGAGUUAGGGCCCUCAGAUUAUCCUGAAUAAUCAUUAUGGCUUAUUUUCUGUGACAAAAAAUCGAAGUGGGGGCAUCCGUGUCCUAUGGACACAUUUCUAGUUUCCAUUUCUUAUAAUAAUUGAUAUAGUGUACAUAGAUAUGUGUCUGUCAUUUUUAUCUUUAUUUUAUCAAUUUUUAGGCUUAAAAUUUUACAUAAGCUUUUUGAAAAAGCAGUUAAUUUCCACUGUUUUAGUCUGUACUUGCAGUGCAGUUUAUUAGAGUUUUAGCCUGUUUUUUAAAGGGGCAAUGGACUUACAGAAACAGGUCAUAUUGUAUCAUGGACAUUAUGAAUUGACAAAAAAAAUAGGAACUUUGUUUAAAUAUGAAUAAUGAAUAUGAGGUGUCCACUGCAAACUAUGUAAUGUGAAUAUACCCUUGAUAUUUAGAAUGUUGCCACAUUAUAUUGUGUUUUACUAAAAUUAUUCACAUUUUAAUGCCCUUGUGGUCAAAGCUGGCCACACCCACAAGGUCUGAGGUUUUCUAUAUACAGUAAAAACUAAACAGUAAUAACUUUGAAAGUCUGAAACCACAAAGCCAAAACUAUUGAUAAUUGAUAUGCAGCCUGACGGAGAGACCAUUAAACCACAUCCUUAAUAACCACUAACUAGUUGAUCAGUCAUUUUAAUCUUGUGAGUGAUAUAGGGCCAUUUUCGCCCUCUUUUUUUAUAAUGAUAAAUAUAUAUGGUAUGUUAUAAAAUAAUGUGUUUUUCUAAAGUUGUUCUUACCAUGCCUCUUUAUGUCAUUAUUAUUUAUGAGCUUGUAAUAGGUUAAUUUGUCCCAUAAAUGUCAAUCUCUUAAAGCUGCACUCUCACAGAUUGACCGUUUUGACAACUUUUUUGAAUUUUUGUCUUGGAAUGAGCCAAUGUUUGUGUAAAUGUCUCGAAAACAGUUAUACAAAUUGCUAACAAAAGAUCAUAUCCCAGUUUUUCAUAUUUAUGUUCAAGAAACUUAGAAUUGAUGUUUUAUGGUUAAAAGCGUUAAGAAGAUUUCAGAAAACAAUCGGCAGUUUCCCAAACGAUUAAGAUCUGUUCUAUUGUGAUUUAUCUGCUAUGAAUAAAUUGAAGGCAUUGAUACCAAAAUCAGCUGAUUUCGAGACAAAAUCUUAAAAAAGAUCAAAACUGUUAAUAUGUGAGAGUGCAGCUUUAAAUGAUAUAGUUUGAUACUGAUAUAUAACAGCUAUGUGUUCAUUUCUUUGGCCAGAUAUUAUUUCAAUUAUUUAUAAAGUGGUACUAGUUCAUCACAAAUUGUAUAUGUAUAGUUAUUUGUAGGUAUUUUAGCUUAUAUAUUUUUUAUUCCUUAUAUAAAACUCAUAUGUUAAUUAUUAUAGGUUCAUAUUAUUUUAUUCAAUAACAAUGUCAUACAAUAUAUGAAUGAAACAAGAUGAAAACAGCGUAAUGGGACAGUAUGAUAGGGGCAGGGCAAUGAAUAGUUUGAACUUUAUAAAUUUGACAGAUAUUGUUAGGAAUUUUUGCCCUGUGCGCACUGUUGUUUGAAUUGGAACCGAGAGCGGGCUUAAAUUGCAAAACAGUGAAAAUAUCAAAAUUGAGAUUUUCACUGUUUGAAAAGAUGAAAUAUCAACUUUAUUUCACUGAUAAAUCUCUAUAAAACACUGAAAAGCAUUUAAUUACUAUAUUUCACCUCAUGAACACCAAAAUUAUAUUUCACUUGUGGCUAUGCCACUUGUGAAAUAUAAAUUUUGGUACUAUCUCGGUGAAAUAUAUUACGAUCUAUCACUGGAACAAAUAAUUAUCUUCUAUAUUUUGAAUGUGUAAGAAAUUAUUACGUAUAUGUGUAGCUGUCCUUAAAAUAAUAAAGCAUUAACAUAGGUUUGUUUCAUUUGCUCUUGCAAAUCUGUAUGUGCUGUAUAUAGCUUAUAAGACAGAGGCUCCUUAUAAGCCAUUGGCUCUUUACUCAGUCUGAAUUUCCAUAUAGUGUAUAAUGUGAUACCAGUAAAUGCUGAAAUUGUAUGCAUAAUUGCAUGUACUGUAUGAACAAAGCAUUAAUAUAAGGCAAAUAUAAAUUAAUUACUAGAUUUUCAUUCAAAUUGUUUUUUUAUUAGGGCGGAGGGUGAUAUUUUUUUAUUUUUUUUUCUUAGAUGACUGAUUCACUGUUGAAAUAUGUGUUCAUGAUCUCUCUAAUUGCAUUAGGGACCAGAUACAUGUGUUUCUAGACAAAUCAUGAACAGGAUUGUAACAAUUCUCCUUUUUUACAUGUGAAAAUUAUACAUCUACACCGUAGGUAAAAAUAAAUGCCAUUGCCAGGCAGUACCAGUCCGAUAUGAAAAUACAGACCCUAGCUCAACAUUUUUAUUUGAGUCAAUAAAGAUUAAGCAGAAAAUAGAGGUGGCAGUCGUGGAGGAAAAUCUAGCAAUUAAUUUAUAGUCGCCUAAUGCACUACCAUUAUGAAUUAUUGCUGUUCAAAUCAUUUAACGAGUUAAUACGUUUAACAGACAAACACAUUCCUGUAUUCUCAUCUAGUAUAUAUUAUCAAAUAAAUAAUUGUUGACAAACAGAGUGGUUUACAAUAGAACUGAAAGUAUCCAAUGGGGGCAUUUUAAAUGUAUUAAUAACAUGGAUGUCUAAUGUAAAGAUUGUAUUUUUCUUUAAAAAGUGCUGGAUAUUUAUAAAAAGCAAGAAAUUAAAUAAAUGGCACAACCUUUAAAAAGUUUACCUACACCAUGGAAACCCCAACAUGUUUUUCCAGCAUUUCCAUUCACCAGGGAAACCCUAGCACAAAUUUUAAUAGUUUGCCUAUACCACUCAAAAUUUGUUACCGAUCACCAAGGCUGCUACCAACGUUUCCUUAGAUUGACCAUUUAUUUUUGGUGAAAUCGUGGACUGUUAAUACUGAUACAAAGCUUAUUUGUAUACGCAAAUGAUAAUAUUACAGAAAUAAAAAAAAAAACUUUACCAAAAAAAUCACACAAAGGAUUAUGUUAAGAGCCAUAACUCAAGUACAACUAACAUGAUAAGUAUGAGGCUUCAGUAUUUAUCCUUAUUUUGAGAAUCACAUUUGUGUCUGAUUUAUUUUAAGUUAAUUUUGACGUCAGCUCACUUGAUUCUAACAUUUUUUAUUCUUUUAAAUAAUUAUUUUGUCUGAUGAUAUCUGUCGAAAUUCCUUGGUAACUUAUAAAUAAACUGUUUGUAUUGCUUUAACAGCGAUAUAUUUUGAAACCAAAACAAAUACUGGUGCUCCUUAGCAACAUUUGUUUAGUCUAUGUUUAAAGUCUAGUCUUUGUCGUAAAAAGUUGUAAAUGAUUUAUAAUUUAUGACUCAUGUGUCUUGUGGUCUUAUUUGAUUUUAAAGGACUAUUGUAUAAUUAUGUAACUCGCAAGCUUUAACGUUCAUACCUUGUGGUAUGACUAUGACCACCAUGGUAAAGAAGACAUGUGAAACUUGGUCUUCAAAGUACAUGUACAUUUUAUGUUUAUUAAAUUUCAGUCAAAACUCAUUAUGUCAAGUUAUGUUACCUUGAUGUUCUGGUUAUGUCAAACUUUUUCGUUUUAGUUAUACACUUUUGUAUUUUGGUUAUAUCGAAUGAUCGUUAUCUCGAAUUAUUUUCCGAUGUCCCAAGGACUUCGACAAAGCAUAUUAUGACUGUAUAUUUACUCAUUUACAGUUUUAACUCAUUAUGUCGAACACUGUUUUCUCGAUGUUCUGGUUAUAUCGAACACUGUUUUUUCUUUGGUCUGGUUAUGUCGAACACUGUUUUCUCGAUGUUCUGGUUAUGUCGAACACAGUUUUCUCGAUGUUCUGGUUAUGUCGAAUACUGUUUUCUCGAUGAUCUUGUUAUGUCGAACACUGUUUUCUCGAUGUUUAGGUUAUGUCGAACUUUUCUGAAUGUGUUUGGUUUAGUUCUAUACACUUUUUUUAUUUCGGUUAUAUCGAAUGUUCGUUAUCUCGAAAGUAUUUCCCGAGGUCAACACGACUUCGACAUAACGAGAUUUGACUGUAUAUACAUUCUGUAUAUCCACAUUUGUGACUGUAUAUUUUAUGAAUAUGCAUAUGCUUACAUAUAUACUUUGCCACAUCAUGAGAAGUAUUUAGAUCUCAUAUUUUUGUAAUAAAAAUGCGAAUAAUAGCAAA